UCAGAUAAAAAUGGACUUGCAAAUGUUCUUACAAAUGCUCUCAUGUAGUGCAAUAGUCACUACCAUUGCUUUAUUCCUUUGUUUUAGCCCCAUAUGUAUCGAUAUUAUGCGAAGAAAAGGAACAAAAGAGAUUAGUGGAGUACCAUUCCUUAUGGGUCUUUUGGGAGCAGCACAUUGGUUGCGCUACGGAUUUUUGAAAGAUGAUUCCACAAUGAUUAUUGUCAACGUAGUCGGUGUUUUGUUGUUCUCUAGCUAUUGCAUUUUCUACCUCGUCUACUCCGAACCUCGGACGCCAUUUGCCGCAAAACUCGUGUUUAUCAUAUCUCUUAUUGCCGCCAUGGUUGGCUACGUCCACUAUAACGUAAAUCUGGACUAUCUGGGUUUUGUCUGCAUGGCGUACAACAUUCUGAACUUUGGUUCACCCCUGGCUGGUUUGGGUGUUGUUUUGCGAAAGAAAUGCUGUGAUACGCUACCAUUGCCGAUGUGCGUCGCGAACUUGCUCGUAUCGUCACAGUGGUUCCUGUACGGAAACAUUGUCAGGGACAUUUAUAUCAUGAUUCCAAACGGUAUUGGCAUGGCUCUAGCUGUUCUACAACUUAGCUUGUUCGUCAUCUAUCCACGAAAAGAGAACGGAAAAUCCGUAGCAUCGCAUAUUUCCGGCUUCUUCAGCUCUCGCGACGAUGAUGUCGAGAAAGAUCUCGUAUCUAAAUCCUCGCCAUCAUCGGAAAAAACCGUUUUGGAAGAUGUCUAGAUGGGCGCUCAUACCGUGCUCUGUAGUGCUCGAUAUGACACCCACCCACCCACACACACUCUCUUUGGUUAAUUCGACUGUUUAUGGACCUAUUAUCCUAAUACAAAGAAUUAUGUGGCGCGCAGUGAUGUUACUUCGACGAAAACUGCUUCCACUGCUGUAUCUCUCAUUAGUACCAAAUCGUUGGUACGAAAGCUCUCUGAGACACUUGACAAAUCUUCAAGGCGAUCAGGGAGCGUUGAUUCUGUAGACAGCAAACAACGCCAACGAACAUCUAGCAUGCCACAUAAUUCUAAAUAUAAAUUUGUUUAGUUCUGCCCUAUUUUUCUACCUCCCUUAUACAAGUGUCGAGAAGGAUUGUUUGUAUAUAAUUUUGCCAGGCCUUCUUUGUUGCACUGCUUUAUACGUGUAUAUAAUUGUAAAUCAGUUUAUUGUUCAUGACAGUCGCAUUUUCUUUUGGUUUUGAUUCGUGGAUUAUUGGAGUUUAAUGCUUAUUUCUUCUCUUAUUUCUUAUUUUAUGGCCUUAUGUCAUGCAGUAUAGUCCUGUAUAUUGUAAGAGCUUUCUGCCUAGGAGCAGUAUGAGGUUGUACAGUAAUAAAUUCAAUAU